AUGAGUGGAUCAAUUUCAUCUUCUGAUUCUGAGGAAACAUCUUUUGUGUUAACUGAAUAAGAAAGAAUUUUAAAGAGUUCAAACAUAUUCAAAUAAAAAGAACAAAGUAAUAACAAAUGUGCCAAACAUCCAAAUAAAAAAGUAAAUGUUAUAAAUUAACAUAGGCAAAAUAUUAUGUAUAAUGUGAUAAAAGUAAAUAAUUUUGUUCAAAAUGUGCCCUAAAUUUAGCACUAAAAGGUUUGAAAAUAGAGGAAAAGUAGGAGAAUCAACAUGAAAUUCAAAGAUAGUAACGAAUACAUCGAUUUUAAGAACUAUUGUUAUAAAUAAAAAAAUAAUGCACAAAUAAAUCUUUGGAGUUUAAUAACAUAGAGGAAAUAUCUAGUAAGCAACUUUUGGAACAUUAAGAGAAUUGUUCAUAAUUCUUUGAUUCUGUUAUUUAGACUGCAAAUUAAUUAAAGUAAACUUAUUUAUAAAAAUUCUAAAACGAUCAUCAGCUGUUAUUAAAAUCAAUUCAAACUAAAAAUAUUUAAAUUAAGCAAAUAGAUGCCUAAUUAAAAUAAUUUUAAAUUGACAUUGAAAAAAAUCAUGAAAAUAUAGUAAAAAAAAUGGAUAUGAAACCUUUUGAAGACAUUAUGAGUCGUUAUGAAAAGAGAGUUUUACAAACAAAAGAAUAAUUAUAAGAAUGUAAUUAAGAAUUUUAAGUAAAACCAAUUAAAUUUGAGCAAAGUUAAAUUUUGGCUGAUAUGAAUAAAAUGUGUUAUAAUUUGCUAUUAUUAAAAAGCGAUGAUUCAUCAACAUCUGAUUCUGUGUAAAUAAAAUUGGAAAAUAGUCCAAAGAUUAGAUAGAAUACAAAUAAUUCUCCUGUAGAUAUGAAAGUGUUUGAGAUUUUAGAAGCAGAAGAUAUAUAUUAGAGUACAUAUUCAAAUCCAAUAAAAGAUCAUACAUAAUCUCCAAUUACAAUUCAUUAAUAGCAAUAACAAUAAAUUUAAAAAUCUAGAACAAAUGCUUAUUCAAAUCCUACUUCAACUAUAUAAAACUCAAGAAGAGAAAGUCGAACAAAUACACCUGAAAGUUGGUAAUAAAAAACAUUUAUUCAAAAAAACAAUCCAAUUAUAACACCAAAUGAAAGAGAUAGCUACAAACAUAAUAUUAGUUUAGGAGAAUAAGUUAAUUCAUAAAAAUGUUUAAAUAAAUAAUUGGAAUUGAAUGAAAAAUAUUUUGUUUAACAAAAUGAAAAGUAAAAAACUUCUUCUGAAUUUGAUAAACUUAAUGAAUAAUCAAACUAAUUAUUGAUAAAUAAUCUAAGUUAGUUUUGUAUGUAGAAAAAUAGUAAAGAUACAGAUAGGAAAAGCUUUGAAGAAAAAGAAUAAUUAACUCCUAAACACCAGAAAAACAUGACAUCUGUAGGUCCAUAAACUUUUAAACUUAUCACUAAUCAUGCUAGUCAAAGAUGUAUAUCUAUUUAAUUAUAUCUAAGCUUAAUACUAGUAUCCUUAAGUAAAUAAUAAUUUAUUUGAACAAAAAAGUUAAAAAGAAUUCUAAAAAACUAAUUAUGAUUCUUUACCUAAUCAAAAAUCAUUAACUCCACUUCAUUAAGAACCUUAAUCAAGAAAUAAUUAAUAAUAAUAACAUUAAAAGAUUGAUUUCCAAUAGAAUAGAAGAUCAAAUUCUAAAUAACCAAAAUAACCUUCAUUUGAUCAAAUUGAAGGUAAAAGGUAGUUUAUAUAAGCAAAUAUUAAUUCAUAAUAAUAUAUUUCAUAACCUAGUUAACAUGCUUCAAAUGAAGACACUUUAAAAGAUAGAAUUUUAAAAGAACUUUGUAGUCAUCCUGGUGAGUCUAUUUAUAAUUAAGUUUUAAAAUUGAAUAGUUAACAAAAAUUAAAAAAUCAAAAGUUAAUCUCUAAAGAGAAUGUUGAGCAAUCAACAACUGUCAGAACUAAAAAUGGUAAUGGAUUUUUAUGUGUUAAAAAGUAAUCUUAUCAAUAAUGA